CACAACAGCGUAACGAUGGAAUGCUGGGCCCAGCGAUCGCGCUUAGAGAAAAAAAGUUGUGUGACUCUAAUUCUAGUGUUGACUGUUACAAUAACGUUAAUUACUCUAAUUUUACUAGUGACGGAACCACAAUUUUGCAUGACCUUGUCCUGCAUUGAAAGCUCCAAAAUUAUAAAUAAAAUGGUCAAUCCGAGAAAAAAUCCGUGUGAGGAUUUUCAGGCAUAUGUUUGCGGAAAAUCUCAAUCACCCAGAGAUGACAGCCAAAGAAUCCUCAAAGAGAUACUCUCAGAAGGCGACAAAGUCAAUGACACAACAUCCUUGAAGCUGCAAAAGCAAUUCUAUCACUCUUGCAACGAUUUAAAGACCAUAGAUAUGGAUAACGAUACAACUUUUGCGAACUUAAUUGCAAAAUUAGGAGGAUGGCCGGUUGUUAGUGGCAAUAAUUGGAACGAGAGUGCUUUCGAUUUUGCCGAAUUUAUGGUGAAUUUGCGAGAAUUGGGGUUCCAAUAUGACUGGUUUUUGGACAUUUCUGUCUACUCCAAUCUGGGAGAAAAUAUUAUUCUUGAGAUUAACGUGCCCGACAAUGUAAAUAAAAUUGAAGAAAAGGAUGAGAAGAGUUAUGCUGACUUAUUGGUAGACGUAGCUGUGGCCUUUGGGGCCCACGAAAGUGUGGCGAAAUCUCAAAUUCCAGAAGUUAUCUAUUUAGAGAAAAAAUUGGCAAAUCUAGUGGAUGAAAUUCAAACUGAAAAUGAGGAAUUAGCGAAACAAAAAUCGUUUCAUUUGUUGACUGUUACCGAAGUCCAACAAAAAUGGCAAAAAUUGAACUGGUUGGAAUUUUUAAAUCACAUAACUCAAAAGAAGCUGUCAGAUACGCAAUUAGUGGCGUUUUAUGUUGAGAAUUAUAUGCCAAAACUUGACAAGUUGUUGAAACACACCACAAAAAGAACACAGGUUAACUAUGUCAUCUGGAAAUUAAUCGAAACCUUCUCUCCUUACUUGUCAAAGACAAUCCGCGACUUGAUGCAAAACUAUUCGAUAAAAGCAAACGAAACUGAAGCGUGGUACCAAGACCGGAGUACUUUCUGUUUUGAAGAAUCCAAGAGUUUUUUUCAGUACAGUCUCGAAGCCGAAUUUGUGCGUCGAUAUGUCACUAUAACUAAAAGAAGAAACGUCGAAGAGUUAAUUGAGAGGGUACUAACCCAUCUCGAAGAGCAUUUCCGUGAUUCCAAAUGGUUGAAUUUUGAGACACGAAGAGCGGCUAUUUACAAAAUACAAAAUAUAAGUUACAUUAUUGGAGGUCCGGAGGAAAUGUACUAUUUGAAACAGUUUGAAAAGGAUUUUGGUAUAGGAGAGGUAGAAUUCAAUUCGUCGAAUAUAAUUUACAUAAAUAUUAAGCUUUUUGAAAAGGGACUCGACUUGUUAUUUAAUAAGAAAUACAAAGAUACGAAUUAUCUCAAAUACAUGUUUUACGAAUUAGUACCGACGAAAGAAAUUCGAUUUAUGCAACGAUUUAACUUGAUUUGGGUACCAGCUGGGUCCCUCCAUGGUUACCUGUAUGACGAUACUAGACCCAAUUAUCUCAAUUAUGGUACCUUAGGUACCACCAUUGCCCAGCAACUAAUCGAGGCAAUGUAUUUCUCAAUUUUGAAAAAUGUGUCUGAAGAUACCUACACAAAUUUCAAAAAUAUGACUCAGUGUUUGCCUCGAUGUGGAUUAGAUUCCGAGCUAAUAGAUUGUAAUGAGAGUUUGGUAACAAUUAUGGCAAAUUAUCUCGCUGUUGAUAUAUCAUACUUGGCUUAUAAAAGAUGGGAGAAGCAGAAUUUCGUCGAAAAGAACCUCCACGGUUUACAUUUUAGCGGCGAUCAAUUAUUUUGGUUGGCUUAUGGUACAUCGAUGUGUCACGAAAUAAAUUCAGCUGACAUGAUCCAGUCGUCGAGAAUCGUUGGACCGCUUCGCAAUUCGCUCUAUUUUAGUAAAGUUUUCAAAUGCGAUCAACGGAAUAAGUGCCUGAUACUGUAA